CUUUAAAAUAUUCGUAUACAUGUAGAAUACUCAUACCCUAGAUAACAUACGACCAGCAGCAGCAGCAGCAGCAACAACAAUAACAAUCGCAAAAUAUAUGCCAAACUUAUCGUAACGGGAACAAAGUAAAGCUCACUAUGAGUUGGCUGCGCACAAGUCCAUUGCGUCAGAGUAUGACGCGCAGCGGCAGCAGCAAUUCAAGUGGCAACGCGGGAAGCUCAACAAUGCGCCAACGUCCCAUAGAUGCAGCCACAGAUUGUGAUCCGCGCGCUUGCUACGAUAGUUUCUGCAAGCAUUGGCAGCAGGCGAAUGAAAUAAUUCAACAUGCUGUGCAGCCGCCCACGCAUGAUGAUGUGCUGGGCGUGGUCUCACAUUUGGAUUAUAUGGUGACAUUAUUGCUGGUUGAGCUACAUCACUGCAACAAGGUGUCGCUGCCGACGGCAGAAGCAGCGCCACCACCUGCGCCUUGCCUGGAGUAUCUGCUAAGCGAGAAUCUGCUAGACAAGCUUUAUGAGUGGGCGUGCACCACAGGCCGAUAUGCGAAUGCUGUGCGUCUGGAGCAGCUGAAGCUCUAUGAGCUGCUGGUCAGCCACUCACGUCACCAGCUGCUAUGCCACGAACCGUUUCUACGACCGCUGCUCAAAAUACUGGCAUCCAGUCAAGGCGAAAUCUUCCCGCCCGACCUGGAGAAGCGACUGGUCAUCUUGCUGAAUCAGCUAUGCGUGGUGCUCAUGCAGAAUGUGCAUCUGCUCGAUCUAUUCUUCUUCUCGGCGCAGACACAAGUGCAGGAGCAAAUACAAAACGGCAGCUUGGCGCCGCCCAAAAGUGGCACCACCACCAACUUUAUCAUCUUCUCACUGCUCAUACCCUAUGUGCAUCGUGAGGGCAGCUUGGGACAUCAGGCACGCGAUGCUUUGCUGCUCUGCAUGGCGCUGUCGCAAAAGAACUCCAACAUUGGUCACUAUAUCGCACAAUACUCAUCCAUCUGUCCGCUGCUUGUGACUGGCCUGGGCGGCCUCUAUUCCCGCCUGCCCAACAGCAUUGAAAUCAGCUCCAUUGAUUGGCAUCGCAUCACGCCCGACGAUGUUGCCGAAAUACCCGAACUAACGCUCUUUAUGAAUUCGCUGGAGUUCUGCAAUGCCGUCGUCCAGGUGGCCCAUGAGCAAAUCAAGCAACAGCUGCUCGACUUUAUGUACCAGGGCUUCAUUGUGCCUGUGCUAGGUCCGGCUAUACUUCAGACACUCAAGGGCAAACAUUUUCAGACGAACAUCGAUUCGCAAAUCUCGGCCAUGUCGUAUCUGGAUUUGAUAUUGCGCUCCAUUACCGAACCGGGACUGAUGCGUGCCUUUGUCAAGUUUCUGCUGGACACGGAGAAGUUUGAUGGCGAACGCAUUUUGGAUGCUUUGGUGGAGCGUCUGCAUGCGCCGGAUGCGAAUCUAUGCAUGGUGACCAUGGCAUUGUUUGAUACACUGCUGGGCUUGCAUUGCGAGGAUCUGAUGCUGGAGCUGCUGCUGAAAUACAUGCUGCCGGGCAAGCAUGUGCCCAUUUCGCAUCGCCACAAGAUCAACAAGAUUGAUCCGUAUUUGAACAGCAGCGAGUUCUUUCUCGAGCUAACGCCCGAUGUGAUGAAACGUGCGCGGGAGCUGGCACGUCCCAAGAGCAUACACGAGACAACUCUGGAGGCGGUAGGCGCGCCAGCGCUGCUGCCGCCGCUGCCUUCGCCUGUGAUGAGCAAAACCAUAGGCGCCAAUUGGAACUACUAUGGGCACUAUGCGGGCGACAGCUUGUACGCCAAUUUGCAGGCGUAUCUCUAUGAGGCGCACUCACGCAUAGCACAAUGUCAACGCGACUGCGCCAAGUGGGCCAGCAGCUAUCGCUAUCAAAAGUGGCAGCGUCCUGGUCAAGGCCGUUCGAAUGGCAGUUCGCAUGCGCUAGAGCUGGCAAAGCAAUUCUUUGCUGAGUUUAGCUUAACAGCGCCCAUGCUAACAGCAGCAGCGCAGUUGGAGACGAGUGAAAAACAGCUGGACAGUCUGCAAUCUUUGGGUGAAAGCAGCGGCUAUGAAUCGUUCAAGUGGCGUCCCGCCGACGAGGAGACGCCAGACAGCUCUGAGACCCACAAUUCAACAGCAACAACAACAGCGGACAAUGAGGAGCAGCACAGUCACAACAGCAGCAGCAUUAGCGCCGGCAGACGCGAUGCUUGGCGUGUUUCGCAUAGUGCGCGUCAUGAAUUGUUGCUGACGGAUUUGGAUUUCUCGGAGGAUUUGUUUGCGCAGGGCACCGUGAGCUUAGGUCCCUUUCUCAAUGCCAUCUGGGGCAAACUGCAAACCUUUACGAGCAAUUCACUUUACGUUAAUCUGCAUUUGACGGGACUCAUCACACGCCUCGCCUGGUAUCCUCUCCCGUUGAUACAUUCACUGCUGCUGCGCUCGGACAUCGCCAUUACCUCGGAUACGCCUUCGUUUCAGCAAGUGCUGCGCAUGAUAAAGCAACAAAUCGACGCGGAGCUGCCUGUUGCGGAGAACUCUCUUGAGAUUAUCGAUGUGGCACGCUCUUCGCUCAUUGAUCGUGAGUUUCGUUUGGUGAAUGCGCGCAAAGUUGGUGAGAAUUCGCCACUGCAUCAGCAGCAGCAGCUGCAGCAGCAACAUCAACAACAGCAGCAGCAACAUACGCAGGGCCGUUCCGCCUAUGCAACAUUAUCGGCGGCCACGCCCAUGCAGGCCACAGCCAGCAGCGCCUAUGAUCCCUUCAAGCGCGGCGACAACAAGCGACGCAGCAUUAGCAAGUCCAUUACCAGCAUGUUUAGCCGCAAGUCAACAGCUCCAGCUGCAGCUCCUUCAGCUGUAGCGGCGCCCAUAAGCCAAGCGGCUUCAUCUGGCUUAUCACAAAUUUACGCAUUCUUCACCGGCGCAGCUUCCACGUUGGUGGGCUCCAGCGGCAGCGGAGAUGCAAACUCACGUACAAAUCAGGGCAACACUUGUGAGACAAGCUUAAGCACAACGCCCAGGCACGAGACAAGCCUGGCAAGCAAUAGCAGCAACAAUGGCUCCACGCAGACCUUAUCCCACACACAUUCGUCCAGCACUUUGCUGGGCGGCGAGAGUGGCGGACAUGCCACUGGCAGCUUUAACUCGGAGCCCGUUUCGUUGGAUUCGGUGGCCUCCAUGGGCAUUAUAGCCAACACUAGUGGCACGGAACGUUCGCGAGACUUGGCGCUGUGUGCGGUGCUGCUGGACGAGUGGCUCAAGGAGCUGGCGGCCAUUGCGCUGGAGCAGAGCGUUGUGCUGGUCACGCAGCAGUUGCUUUGACAGCGCACAGCUUCGUUUGCAAUACACACUGGUUAUCGGAUUUGUUGACGUUUAUUUAUUUAACCAGUUACCUUACAUUUUUUUAAUUUGCUGUUAAAUUAUGGAUAUUGUGUUUAGUGUGUAUAUGUAUUUUUAAAAACCAGAAACAGAAACCCUUUUUAAAUCAUUUUUACGAACAAAGUUGCACCUUUGAACAGAUAUUUAAAUUUAACACUCGUUAAUAUACAAAGCUAGCUAUUAAGUCGAAAAUUGUAAACGUGUUCAAAUGUAUAAAACGAAAGCGAAAACAAAAUUAAUGCUAAAUUACAAGCAAUAGGCAAUUAUUACCUUAAUAUUUAAUGCAAAGCGCAUAACAUUUAUCAUAAUAUUUUUUAUGUACAU